GCCAAACCAGCCUUUCCCCCCACCUCAUUUCCAAGCCAGAAAAGUCCUGAAUAGGGGGACACAAUAGAGGAUUAGGGAGCCAUGGGGGCCCCAUUGUGCACCAUUGACCUGGUCUUGGUGCUGCCGGGCCCCAUUGCUGAUGCUUUCAGCUCCUGAUCCUCUGUUGCUGCCAAACCCAGGGGGAGAAUCACCCGUCUCCUAAUUUUAACCAGUAUGUGAGGGACCAGGGCGCCAUGACUGACCAGCUGAGCCGGCGGCAGAUCCGAGAGUACCAGCUCUACAGCCGGACCAGCGGCAAGCACGUUCAGGUCACUGGGCGCCGCAUCUCCGCCACCGCUGAGGACGGCAACAAGUUUGCCAAGCUCAUAGUGGAGACAGAUACAUUUGGCAGCCGGGUUCGCAUCAAGGGGGCUGAGAGUGAGAAAUACAUCUGCAUGAGCAAGAGGGGAAAGCUCAUUGGGAAGCCCAGCGGGAAGAGCAAAGACUGCGUGUUUACCGAGAUUGUGCUGGAGAAUAACUACACAGCCUUCCAGAACGCUCGCCACGAGGGCUGGUUCAUGGCUUUCACCCGCCAGGGCCGGCCCAGGCAGGCCUCCCGAAGCCGGCAGAACCAGCGGGAGGCUCACUUCAUCAAACGCCUCUAUCAGGGCCAGCUGCAGUUCCCCAACCACGGGGAAAGGCAGAAGCAGUUUGAGUUUGUGGGAUCAGCCCCAACCCGUCGGACCAAGCGCACCCGGCGACCCCAGCCCAUCACGUAGUCAGGGGAAAGAGGGGGUACCCUGGCCCAGAACCAACCCUCCCACCCCCGUUCUUGAAAAAGGACUGGGUUGAGGGAGGGGAGGUCAUCCCCAUCAGACUCGCAGAGGAGCCCCACGGACCACAAGGCACUCAAGAGCUCCUCCUUUUGAAAGGGGACAGGACUGCAGCCGUCAAGGGGGUAUCCUGGGACUUGGGGGAAACCACCAAGAAGGUGGCACACCCCUAGGUCCCACAUGGAAUGGAGAGAAGAAAGGGAAGAAGGGAGGGAGGGGAAAAGGGAGGGAGAAGAAAAGAGAGAGAGAUGGAGAGAGAGACAGAGAGAUUCAGAGAGAGACAGACAGAAAGACAGAGACAGAGAGAUUCACAGAGAGAGAGACAGACAGACAGAGAGAGACAGACAGAGAGAAAGACAGAGACAGAGACAGAGAGAUUCAGAGACAGACAGACAGAAAGAGAGAGAGAUGAAGAGAGAGACAGAGAGAUUCAGAGAGAGACAGACAGACAGUGAGAGACAGAGAGAAAGACAGAGACAGAGAUUCAGAGAGAGACAGAGAGAGACAGAGAGAGACAGACAGACAGAGAAAGAAAGAGACAGAGAGAUUCAGAGAGAGACAGACAAAGAGAGAGAGAGAUGAAGAGAGUCAGAGAGAGAGAGAUGGAGAGAGAGACAGAGACAGACAGAGAGAGAGAGAUCUCCCGUUCUGGGCAACUGGGCAGAGACUAAAGAGAGAACUUCAAGAGUCACUCUCUGAACGGAGGCACCUAGCUCCAAUCUCCAGGGAAAUGGUGCAGAAACAACACGGAAAUGACACAGGAAUGACAGAUGGACUCCAGGGUUUGCAGAUACUCUUGGACAGCUCUCCUCAGAUUUUUGCUCCGUGUUUGUCGCUAUCGCUCCCUCAUUCCCAUUGGCAUAAAUCGCAACUGUAGGAA